AUGGAGCUCUGGCUUUGGCCGUCGGGCGGCGCCUGGCUGCUCGUGGCUGCCCGCGCGGUGCUCCAGCUGCUGCGCUCAGACCUGCGUCUGGGCCGCCCGCUACUGGCUGUGUUGGCACUGCUGGCCGUGCUCGACUGGCUGUGCCAGCGCCUGCUACCCCCGCCAGCCGCACUCGCCGUGCUGGCCGCCACCGGCUGGAUCGCAUUGUCCCGCUUGGCGCGCCCGCCACGCCUGCCCGUGGCCACUCGCGCGGUGCUCAUCACCGGCUGUGAUUCUGGUUUUGGCAAGGAGACAGCCAAGAAACUAGAUGCCAUGGGCUUCACGGUGCUGGCUACCGUGUUGGAGUUGAAUGGGCCUGGUGCCCUAGAGCUGCGUGCCUGCUGUUCCUCUCGCCUGAAGCUGCUGCAGAUGGACUUGACCAAGCCGGCAGACAUCAGCAGGGUGCUGGAGUUCACCAAGGACCACACCACCAGCACAGGUCUGUGGGGUCUAGUCAACAAUGCAGGCCUCAAUGACAUAGUGGCAGAUGUGGAGCUGUCUCCUGUAGCCACAUUCCGUAACUGCAUGGAGGUGAACUUUUUUGGUGCCCUUGAGCUGACUAAGGGCCUCCUGCCGCUGCUGCGUCGCUCCAGGGGUCGCAUUGUGACCGUGGGCAGCCCUGCAGGAGACAUGCCCUAUCCAUGCUUGGCAGCCUACGGAACCUCCAAGGCAGCUAUGGCACUGCUAAUGGAUGCAUUCAGCUGUGAACUCCUUCCCUGGGGGGUCAAGGUUAGCAUCAUCCAACCUGGCUACUUCAAAACAGAGUCUGUGAAAAAUGUGAGCAACUGGGAACAACGCAAGCAACUGCUGUUGGCCACCAUGUCCCAGGAGCUGCUGCAGGCCUACGGCGAGGACUACGUCGAGCACUUGCACGGGCAGUUCCUGCACUCGCUCCGCCUGGCGGUGCCUGACCUCAGCCCCGUGGUAGACGCCAUCAUUGACGCGCUGCUGGCGACUCGGCCACAACGCCGCUAUUACCCAGGCCGUGGCCUGGGGCUCAUGUAUUUCAUCCACUUCUACCUGCCAGAGAGCCUGCGGCGCCGCUUCCUGCAGUCAUUCUUCAUCAACCCCUGCCUGCCUCGUGCACUGCGGCCUGGCCAGCCUGGUGCUACCCCUACUCAGGACCCCAACCCCAAUCCCACCCCAGACCCUUCCUUGGCAGGAGCUCGAUGAGCUGCCCCAGCUUGGGAGGUCCUAUGAGCCCUUGCCCUUGCCCUUCCCCUGGGCACGACAACUCCCUAGAGCCUGGUCUAAAGAACUCC